AAAUUAAUUCCACGUUUCACCGGAAACUGCAGGUAGGGCGAAGGUAUAGUUUCUGACAGGUAUCGCGGAUUAUAUGUACGAUAAGACUUUUCACUUUUGGUUGUAGGGUGCUCAAAAUGGAUUUCACUCAAGAAGCUAUUAUCUCGCUGUUGAUAGAAGAAGGGGGGAAGUUGAAGAAUUCCGAGUUGCUGACUAAAUUCAAAGAUUCCUUGAACUGCACUGAUCCCGCAGAGAAGAAACAGAACAGGGAUCUAUUCAAAAGGUUUGUGAACACUGUUGCUGUCGUGAAAGAAAUUGAAAAUGUCAGGUAUAUUGUACUAAAGAAAAAAUAUCAGCAUUUGAUACAAGAAACAGAGGAUGUUCAAAAGUCUGAAAGUGAAGAGGUCCCCGAGCCAGGUGAACCCUCACCUGUAUGGAACAGCGAGAACAAUGCACAUUCUCAAAAUGGAGGAAGUGAGAUAAGUUCUGAGAAUGUCCAAGAACCUGUUAUUACAAGUGUCGGUGAAUGUGUCUCAAAUGACAGUGACAUGCAUUCAAUUAUAGAGCUGGCAUUUAAAGAAAAAGUUGAUUUCAAACCAAAAAGGUCACUGAAUUUCAACAUAGACCAUACUUCUGAUGCGCAGAGAGAAUAUAUCUCCUCUGGGGGGGCUGUGUAUCCUGGGAAGACAAAGAACCCUAGUGUGCAGAAGCCAUUUGCACUGCCUUUACGAAUGCCUCCAAACUUGGCCAGAGUAGAGAUCCAUAAACUCAAAUCUGAGGAUGACGAUGGCCCUCCAAGGAGAGCUGGAUCCACUGACCAGGAUGCACACAGCUCCUCUAGAACCAAGAGAAGACCAUCCACUAUGAGUGUGGGUUUAAGCUCUCCGCUACCAAGGAGGGCUGUCAAGAUCACCAAUCCUUCUGAGGAGCCCAAGUACACAUCCACAGUCCCCCUGGAAGAGGCAGAGCAUGAGUGGCUGGUGAGGUCUGCUGCUGGACACUGGAGACGAGUGUACGGCCUGCUCCUCAGAGACACACAGCUGGCAGAGAAGAAGGACUUCAUGUCCGGCUUCACAGCCCUUCACUGGGCAGCCAAGUGUGGUAACAGUGAGAUGGUGGGUAGUAUCAUCAACAUAUCCAGGCAAGGUGGAAUGGACCUCGACGUCAAUGCCAGAACAUAUGGAGGGUACACGCCACUGCACAUUGCUGCUUUACAUGACCAGGAGUUUGUGUUGGCCAUGCUGGUGCAUGAAUACGGAGCGGAUGUGAAUAUAAGGGACAAUUGUGGAAAGAAGCCAUAUCACUACCUGCGCAAAGGGAUUUCUUCUGAGGUGAGGGAGCUGCUUGGUGAAACUAAGGUCCAGCCCCAGGAAGUUCUCCAAGCGGAAAGGGAGGAGCUAGAUAUCUUCCCAGACCUCUCCAAAGGCUUGCAUACGAUAAGUCGCCUCUUCAAUCCCCAUGUGGAAAAAAAGAAAAAGCACAAGCAAAGACCCUCUGUCUAUUUGCUGGGUGUCAACCCGAGGGAUGAGAGAGAUGAGAGUUCAUCCAAUCACAGAGAGACCUCAGAUGCAUUUAAGUAACAUGAGUCUGAUGUGAAAUACAAUAAUACAGUUUGAUAUUUUGCACAAAAUCUAUUUAGCUUUUCAUGGUUUUUACUCUGAUAUAAAUACAAACAUAUGGGGUUAUGAGAGGAACAUUCAGUUGUGUUGAACUUAGUUUUUUUCUAAAUUAACAAGUGCAACCAUUAUAAUUUCAUUACUCCCUUUUUAAUCAAACAACCACUUAUUACUAGUAUGGAAGGUAUAGUAUGAAAUGUGCUACUCUCUCUGUGUCGUGUAAUCAAUAUCAUUUAUAAUGUAUCUAAUCGUGUUAAUAUUGAAUAAGUAAUGCAUGACUUCAUAUACGAGGUAAUGCAUUUUUUGCUCGAUGGGAUUUAACAUCAAUUUCAGCAGAUCAAAAAAAAACAUCCAUGGACACAUUAUUGUAUGUGUCCCUGUACUAAACCUGUACAUGAGAGAUGAAUAUGUAGUAUGAAUGUGUUAUGAUGAGUGAAUAUUGAUACAUCGAUUCCUGUAGUAUGAAUGUGUUAUGAUGAGUGAAUAUUGAUACAUUGAUUCCUGUAGUAUGAAUGUGUUAUGAUGAGUGAAUAUUGAUACAUUGAUUCCUGUAGUAUGAAUGUGUUAUGAUGAGUGAAUAUUGAUACAUUGAUUCCUGUAGUAUGAAUGUGUUAUGAUGAGUGAAUAUUGAUACAUUGAUUCCUGUAGUAUGAAUGUGUUAUGGUGAGUGAAUAUUGAUACAUUGAUUCCUGUAGUAUGAAUGUGUUAUGAUGAGUGAAUAUUGAUACAUUGAUUCCUGUAGUAUGAAUGUGUUAUGAUGAGUGAAUAUUGAUACAUUGAUUAAAGGAUUGAUUUUGUGAAAUGCAAAGAUAUACUCUGAAAUAUUUAUCUGUGAUUUUCAAGUCACAUGCAUCUUGUCUUUCUUCCAUGUCGUAUACAAUACUUACUUUAGUAAUAAUCUAAGUUGUUAGUUUUAGUAAAGAAAACAUUGUUUGAUGUACAGUGCCUUCAGAAAGUAUUCACACCCCUUGACUUUUUCCACAUUUAGUUAUUUUACAGCCUGAAUUUAAAAUGUAUUAAAUUGAGAAGUUGUGCCACUGGCCGACACACAAUACCCCAUGUGGAACUAUGUUUUCAGAAAUGUUGACAAAUUAAUACAAAUGAAAAGCUGAAAUGUCUUGAGUCUAUAAGUAAGUAUUCAACUCUUUUGAUUAUGAUAAGCCUAAAAUAAAUUCAGUAGUAAAAAUGUGCUUAACAAGUCACUUAAGUUGCACAAACUCACUCUGUGUGCAAUAAAAGUGUAUAACAUGA